GUUGGUGUGCCUGGUCUUGCCCGUCCCGUGACUUGAGAGAGUGACGACCGCCACCACCAGUGAUCAGCGCUGCUCAACACUCCUGUGUCGCGACCCAGAGUGACGCCAUGGCUCAACCUCCUCUCGCAGCUGCCCUCCCUGAGGACAUAGACAGAGGUGUGGCAGGGGCAACAAGUGUGCUGGUGCAGCGGGCCAAUGAGAUCCGCAUGCAGAAGGUCAACUGGCCAUCAUACCUCCAGUCACAGAUGAUCAGUCAAGAGGACUAUGAGGUGAUCAUUGCGGUGGAGAUGCCCGGCCAGAACCGCGGUGCGCUACUUAACAGCCACCGCCUGCAGGUGGCCCGCACCUUCAUGAACCUGCUGGGCCACAUCAGCAAGGACCAGACCAUCCAGUACAUUCUCAUCCUGGUGGACGACAUCCUCUCUGAGGACAAGGGGCGGGUGGAGAUCUUCAAGGAAUAUGCCCGCAAGCACAAGGAGAGCAUGUGGAGCCCCUUCCUCAACCUGCUGACCCGCCCUGACACCUUCAUCAUCAACAUGACGGCCCGCAUCAUUGCCAAGCUGGCCUGCUGGUCCCGUGAACCCAUGGACGGCUCUGACCUUACCUUUUACCUCACCUGGCUCAAGGACCAACUCAGAACUCCGAACAAUGAGUACAUGCAGUCUGUGGGUCGGUGUCUACAGAUGAUGCUGAGGGUGGAGGAGUAUCGUACCAUCUUCUACCAGCUGGAUGGAGUGGUCACCAUUGUGCAGGUGCUGAGCUCUGGAAAACUGAACUUCCAGAUCCAGUACCAACUCACCUUCUGCCUGUGGGUGAUGACCUUCAAUAAUGCCAUCGCCGAGAAGAUGAACAAGUACAGUGUGAUCCCCACCCUGGCAGACAUUCUGAGUGAGAGUGUCAAGGAGAAGGUGACUCGCAUCGUGCUGGCAGUAUUCAGGAACCUCAUCGAGAAGCCUGAGGAUCCUGCCAUUGCCCGGGAGAACUGCAUCCAGAUGGUGCAGUGCAAGGUGCUGAAGCAGCUGGAGAUUCUGGCCCAGAGGAAGUUUGAGGAUGAAGACAUUACUGCUGAUAUUGAGUUCCUGAAUGAAAAGCUGCAGAAUUCCAUACAAGACUUGAGCUCAUUUGAGGAGUACUGUUCUGAGGUGAAGUCAGGCCGCAUGGAGUGGUCGCCAGUGCACAAGAGUGAAAAGUUCUGGCGGGAGAAUGCUGGUCGCCUCAAUGAGAAGAACUACGAGCUGCUUAAAAUUCUCAUCAACCUCCUGGAGACGAGCAAAGACACACUGGUACUCUCGGUGGCGUGUCACGACAUUGGGGAGUACACGCGUCACUACCACCGUGGCAAGAGAGUGCUGGAGCAGCUUGGGGGGAAGCAGUGGGUGAUGCAGCACCUGACGCACCAAGAUCCCAACGUCCGCUAUGAGGCGCUGCUUGCCGUGCAGAAGCUCAUGGUUCACAACUGGGAAUACUUAGGGAAGCAGCUAGAGAAGGAUGCACAGCAGAGCACUCCAAGAACCUGAUCUGAUUGUGUGGUCACAAUCACAGGUAACAUCCAAGUACUGUCUGGUUGUGUUGCAGAAAUGUUGCCAGUUAACUGUUGUGAUGUGUGUUUAUUUCAGAUUGUGGGGAUAGAAUGUUCUGUUAUGCUAUAUAGCACUAUGGAUGUUAAUAUCUGAUUGAUGGUGUGUUAUCAGAUGACAAUUUUAAUAUUGUAAUGUAAAGAUGUUUUAGCCUUCUGUUGUAGAAUUGUUAAAAAUUAGGGUAUUCUGUGUUGGGUAAGUUGGUUGUGGGGAUUAUAGAGCAUAAACAUUCCAGCAGAAGUAAAUAUAGUGAUAUGGAGAACAUUAGUGGUACAACAAAGGGGUUGGUGAGCUGAGGAACUACGUUAUCAAUACGUAUAUGUAUAGUACAUCUUGCCUCCUUUUAAAUAAAUGGGAUGGUGUUUAUCACAAAGCAGAAUGCUCAAAUACACUGGAGAUGUUUUCUAAACAUACAUGCAGAAAAAAAAUUAAAACUGAAUUUGAAGCUCUCUACAAUAAUUAUUAUAAUGAAUAGAGAAAUUUACUUAAAUAAAAAGUCAACAAAUUUCUUUAAAUAUUUUUACACAUACAUUCUUUAGUGAACAUGCAUAGAAUAUUGUGCCCAUGGAGAAGCAUUAACUAACUCAACUGACUUUCAAAGAAGUCUUUAUACUUAAGUGACAACAGACUCAGCUGUAAUUAACAAUCUUAUCAUUCAUGAAUUAUAGUCAUAAGCUUUCAGAUAUGGGAGAGAAUAAGAAACAUGUACUUAACUGAAGCAGUCAUUCAACACUUGUCAUAUUGUGCACACUCAUUUAGUGGUUGUAUCUUUUGCAGUUCAGAAUGUGUUAAAUAUGAAUAAUAACCUAUCAGGUCAUACAGAACCAUACAUAUUAACAUUGUGUAUUGCAGUCAUAAACAAUCCACCUGUUAAGUAUUCCAUGUUGUUGAGUGGGUGCAGUUAUCAACUCCCUAGCCCCAGUGUUGUCUUCCAGGAGUGUGUGUAAAAUAUUAUGCACAAAGUGUCUAUGGUGUUAAAAUAUGAAUUGUACAUAUAUAUAUGUAAAUUUGUUUAACAAUUAAUAGCUUUUUGGUAUUUUCAUCCAUAUAUAUUUUUAAACAUUUUAUCUGACGUGGUCAGUCAUGUAAUGCCAUUCCCAUGGUUGUUAUUCAUUCAAUUCUCCUCUUUUACACAAGCUUUAAUUUGAUACUGCUAUAUUUUAUUCUUUCCCUUCUCAGCAUGAUUAUUUAUAGGCAAAUCAUGUUAAUAUUAGACUUUUAAAUGGCUGACCACACAAGAUUUUGGACAAAGGGACAUGCCACAACUUGGUCAUUUUUCUCUUUUAUUGCAUAAAUACACUCUGUAUGCACUGACUACAGGAAGACAAGUAAUACUAUUGUGGUUACAUUUAAGCUUCACUUUCACAUGGCACUGUGCUGAGGACACUUCCACUCCUUUGUGACAUUCAGCUUAGCUACAAGACACAAGCACCAACACUCAGGACAUGAUGUUGUCACUACAGAAUGAUGCCCACUUUCUACAAGACUGUGGUACUUGACGACAUAACAUCACACAAAGAAGGAAUUGUCAUGAUGUGUCUUACAGUUAUAGGAAAUUAAGUGUGUGAAGCAGAAAAAUGUGGUGUACAGGUAGCAACAAUCUAUAUUAUUUAUAUCUAUUUUUGUUACUUUACCACACCUGUACUGCUAAGUUAUUAGUGCUUCAGUGGUAGUAGUUAUUCUUCUUCAUCCUGCUAUAUACUACACUACUUGGAGGCAAGUUCAUCCAAUAAAAUUAAGUAUAUUACAUCUCCUUUAAAGAAAAAUAAUAUUUUUUCUUUGAAAGUACAGUAAUAUCCCAGAAAGGUUGCAUGUUACACAAGCAAACAUUUGUUAAUUAUAAACCUGCAACAGAA